AUGGCGGAUUGUUAUGCACGGAAUGCGCAGCGGCUGGACGCCGAGUACGAUGCCGGAGACAGCGAGUUUGUGCUCGACAGUGACAAUGACGAUGAUUUCGAAGGUCCAACUGUGACCAAGAUGUCAAGGAAGUCUAAGGCUGGAAGGAAAAUGGACUCCAAGAAGAAGCAGAAAACUCCUUCUGCUGCUAUCAAUCAAUACGCCGAAGAAGGGAAAGACGACGAUUUGCAAGCACCGACAGUCACUAUCAGUGAUAGCGAUUCAGCAGAAGACGAAAUGGCUAGACUUGCAGCAAAUUUCAUGACGAGGAAGAACCAUAGGGAAGAUGAAAGACUGAAGAUAAUCGAUGACUUGCUGAUGGAGACAAAAAGGAUUCAAGAAGGUUUGCUAUCGGCAGCAUCAGCCGACAUAUCAGCAGCAGAUGAGACGCAGGAGGAUGAUUCGGAAUGCCAGAUCACUGAAUCGACUCGGGGGAUGGACCUGGACCUGAAUCCUCAUGAAAAGGAACACCCGUCGGGAGUACAUGUGAAAGAGAGCAAAGAAACCAAUGGACCAAAAUGCAUCGUCUGCAUCAAGGCACGCGAGGGUGACAAGGUGAGGAAGUUCAAGAUCUCGAUGAACGACAGCAUGAACAAGGUCUUUGAAGCUUUCUGCAAAUCAGAGAGUGUUGCACAAACAACAGUGAAGUUCAUCUUUGAUGGGCAGCUCAUCCCAUGGACCUCCACGCCGACUUCGUUGGACAUGGAAGAAGAAUCAGAGAACUUGGUGGAUGCUAGAAUUUCAUAA